CCAAAUUUUAUAUUUUUUUAUGCCCUACCAAUUAACUUGUACAAAUCGUAUCAUGCUGUUGAAUAAAAAAGAUGUACUUCAUGUUUUUGUUGUUUUUUCUUGCUUAUUUCCCUCAACCGUUAUCACCAGAGCGCAACAAAAGAAGAACGUGCCUCUCGCUUCCGGUGUGGCAUCGAACAGACGACACUUAAGACAGUGCCACCAGCACCACCACGCGAUGGCCGCCGAGGGCAAGGAGCAGCCGGCAGUGCGACUGGCGCGCCUGCUGAAGGACAAGCUGGUGCCUCGCAUGGUGUCGCGGGGCGUGUUUGGCUCCGCUUGGCAGGUGCAGGGUGUGGAGGCCGUGCCCAUCGGCGGCCAGGGCGAGGAUUACUGGUCCUCCACCACGCUGGCCACCACCUUGAAGCUCGCAGAGAAGAGCGGCAACGACAAGGAACGGUCCGUGGCCCUUGUCGUCAAGUGCAUGCUGCCGAGCGCCGAGUUCGACGUGUACUCGCUCUCGGCCGUGCUAGCGGACAAUGAGGUAGCCAUGUACAACAAGGUCUUCCCGUUCCUGGAGCGGCUCGGGGACGCCACCGACCUGUACCCCAAGUGCUACUUCGCGGAGAGCGACGUCGAGGGCCUGCUCUCGCUCACCGUCAUGCAGGACUUGAGGGCCGACGGCUUCUCCCUAGCCAAGGAGCGCGUCGCGCUGGACAAGAACCACGUGAUGCUGGCUCUGCGCGCCGUCGGACGCCUACACGCCUUCUCGUACGCCGCCAAGGCGCGGUGCCGCCGGGAGUUCCUGGAGCACGUGGUGCCCCUGCUGAGCGAACCCACGUACACUCCGGCCUGGCACGCCAGGUGGAGCCCUAUCAUGGCGGCGACGAUGCUGCGCGGCGUGGCCAGGGUGGAGGCGCGCCUCAAGGACCUCAAGGCCGUCAAGGACGAGGGCCAGCACCAGCGCCGCCUGGAUGGGCUGGCCCGCAUGCGCGCCGUGGCCCAGGACGCGUUCCCCGCCAUGCAGGCCGCCGUCACCGCCCAGGAGCCCGCCGGCGUCAUCGUGCACGGGGACUUCAGCCGCAACAACAUGACGUUCCACUACGGGGAGGACGGCCUGCCCGACCAGGUGCGCUUCUUCGACUUCCAGACCUGCAGGUACUGCUCCCCAUCCGUUGACCUGGCCUUCUUCAUCUUCAUGAACACGUCGCCCGCCCUCCGCGCGGAGCACUGGGAUGCCCUCUUCGUCGAGUACUUCAGCAGCCUCAAAGCCACGCUGGACGGCCUCCUGGACGGCCACCCCGUCGACGAGGACUUCGUGAUGCCCACGCUGCAGGGCGUGCGCGAGGACUUCCGCCGCCACGCCAUCAUGUCCUUCAUCAUCUGCAGCUUCUUCAUGCCGCAGAUGAUGAUGCGCAAGGAGGACAUCGUCUCCAUGCAGGAGGUGAUGGAGACCGGCGGCAAGGUGGACAGCAUGCUGAGGAUGGGCGGCGAGGCCGCGACCGAGGUGAUGGCAGGCAUUGUCUUGGAGUUCCUGGACAGGGACCUGGUGCCCUGAGGGCCUUGCAGCCUUGCACCUCCCCAUGGGCAAAUCGGAUGAAAAUAAAAAGCAAAACCAGA